CGUUUUCGGAACGGUGGGCCAUGUUUACGCGCGCGCUUACCUGCCUCGCGUACGUACCGGGACCCACUAGGAUCAUUCAAGCACUCUUUUCUAUCGCCCACCCUUGUCGGAACCGGUUGUGAAAGUCCUCCAUUUAUAGCUUUGCGAUUUGACCGAUCUGGAUUUUUUUGGAUAGCAGAUGGCCAAGACGGCUCUUCUGCAUGCGUUGGAGCGGUUUGAUGAAGCCGAUCAGGAUGGAGAGCACCUCAGAGAUCAUGAUACUAGUCAGAACCUGACUGUUUCUACGGAAACUUCUCUAAUGAGCGAUGAAGAGGAUGUGGACGAGGAGGAGGAGGAAGACAUAGGAUUUCAAGCGGCCCUAGCUGCGUCUAGGUCAGAUACGGAGGAUACACUCAAACAAGAGGAGCUGGAGCUUCAGAAAGCCAUCGAGGCAUCGAAUGACGUAGAUCAGGAUGUGAAGCUGAUGUUGGACACCGAACGAGCUAUCAAGAUGUCUCUGGGGCAGGAAAAGACGUUGAAGGAGAUGCGGAAAGUCCAAGAGGAGGAGUUCCUUCGUAGUUUCUCCGGGGAAUCACCCACGAUCCCGUCGUUCGAUCUGCCCAGUUAUGCCUCUUCCAUAUCUAACAUAACAACUGAUGGUACCGGAUCUCUUCCACGACAUCAUCCAUUCCUUUCUCCUCCGACUUCUGUCAUUUUGGGCCUCGAUGCUACUACUGUGUCUUCCCAAUUUAUCUUUCCGGAACCAAGGAUUCCUGUUCCCAGUGAUUCAGGUUCAACUGUCACGGAUAUUGAUAUUAGUCCUUUUCCGCUGCCGCCUGUGUCACCUUCGAUCUGUUCUGAGGAAGUGGCUGAGCUCUCAUCUGAUAGGGAGAAGAAUCCUUUGCACGACUCCGAACCUGGGCAUAUAUCCUCCGUUCCACGGGGUACCCCUCCGUGUAAAGGAUAUUUUCUAAGGCCUAUAUCGAAUCCUGCUCCUGAAACUGUUGGUACUGAAAAUGCCCCCUUGCCCGAAAUAAUGGAUAAGGCUUCCAUUUCCCAGAACCAACAUCGGUUUUCACAUCGAGACAUUCACAUUCAUACGAUCCCGAUAAAGGAAAUUGGAGGCAGACACCCCAUCAUCAUACCUGUGCAAGGAGAAGAUGAGCAUCAACCAUUCUCCCAGCCAGACCGCAUAGUGGCAUUUUGCUCUUCUUCUCGUCCUGAUAACUUCGCAGCUCGCUUUACUGCCCUUGAGAUGGACGAUGUUCCAUUUCCAGAAGUGCGUCAAACGACAAGGAAAGCCCCUUCCCGACAGAAACGGAGCCAUAAACGCGCUUUUUCUAUGCGAAGUGCUCAUAUGACCUGCGUCCCCGACCCCGACUCGACGACAUCGAAUGCGUUAGUUCAAGGGGAAGCUGAUACAGAGCCGGCAAGCAUACAAUCCAGCGCGAAUUCUCAAAAGUCUGAAGAUAGCACUCCCAGCUUAUUCGCGCGCUUGGCCAUUUCCCCAUCACAUGUUCCUCCCAAACAUCCCUCCACGUCGAACUGCUAUUUCUGGGUGAGCGAUCUCCUCGCUGACAUCGAACCAUGCAUGUCUCUUCAGUUGUUCAGGAAGACGACGCGACCUAUAUUCUCUGACCAAUGCUUGUGCUUCAGCUGCGGCGCCAUGUCUGUACACAAUUUUCAGUAAAGCGUCCAAAUGACUAUGCUGUCCAUCCAUGAAAGUCUCACAUGCUACU